ACCCAGAGGGCUCCGCCCACCUCCACGGGGCCCCGCCCCGCCGCCCCUCAACCCGCAGGUUCGCCAGCCCGCGGCGCCGCCGGGCAGCUCCUCCUCCUCUCCGCCCCGCCGGCCACGGGCGCGGAGGACGUCAGCGCUGCCAGCGUGGAAACAGCGGCGGGGCGCGGGAGGAGGAAGUAGCGCCCGGUACCGCUGGGCCACCACCGGCCGCCUCAGCCAUGGACACGUCCCUGGAGAAGAUAGCAGACCCCACGUUAGCUGAAAUGGGAAAAAACUUGAAGGAGGCAAUGAAGAUGCUGGAGGACAGUCAGAGAAGAACAGAAGAGGAAAAUGGAAAGAAGCUCAUAUCCGGAGAUAUUCCAGGCCCACUCCAGGGCAGUGGACAAGAUAUGGUGAGCAUCCUCCAGUUAGUUCAGAAUCUGAUGCAUGGAGAUGAAGAUGAGGAGCCCCAGAGCCCCAGAAUCCAAAAUAUUGGAGAACAAGGUCAUAUGGCUUUGCUGGGACAUAGUCUGGGAGCUUAUAUUUCAACUCUGGACAAAGAGAAACUGAGAAAACUUACAACUAGGAUACUUUCAGAUACUACCUUGUGGCUAUGCAGAAUUUUCAGAUAUGAAAAUGGCUGUGCUUAUUUCCAUGAAGAGGAAAGAGAAGGACUUGCAAAGAUAUGUAGGCUUGCCAUUCAUUCUCGAUAUGAAGACUUCGUAGUGGAUGGCUUCAAUGUGUUAUAUAACAAGAAGCCUGUCAUAUAUCUUAGUGCUGCUGCUAGACCUGGCCUGGGCCAAUACCUUUGUAAUCAGCUCGGCUUGCCCUUUCCCUGCUUGUGCCGUGUACCCUGUAACACUAUGUUUGGAUCCCAGCAUCAGAUGGAUGUUGCCUUCCUGGAGAAAAUGAUUAAAGAUGACAUAGAGCGAGGAAGACUGCCCCUGUUGCUUGUCGCAAAUGCAGGAACUGCAGCAGUAGGACACACAGACAAGAUUGGGAGAUUGAAAGAACUCUGUGAGCAGUAUGGCAUAUGGCUUCAUGUGGAGGGUGUGAAUCUGGCAACUUUGGCUCUGGGUUAUGUCUCCUCAUCAGUGCUGGCUGCAACCAAAUGCGAUAGCAUGACGAUGACUCCUGGCCCGUGGCUGGGUUUGCCAGCUGUUCCUGCAGUGACACUGUAUAAACACGAUGACCCUGCCUUGACUUUAGUUGCUGGUCUUACAUCAAAUAAGCCCGCAGACAAACUCCGUGCCCUGCCUCUGUGGUUGUCUUUACAAUACUUGGGACUUGAUGGGAUUGUGGAGAGGAUCAAGCAUGCCUGUCAACUGAGUCAACGGUUGCAGGAAAAUUUGAAGAAAGUGAAUUACAUCAAAAUCUUGGUGGAAGAUGAGCUCAGCUCCCCAGUGUUGGUGUUCAGAUUUUUCCAGGAAUUACCAGACUCAGAUCCGGUGUUUAAAGCUGUCCCAUUGCCCACCGUGACACCUUCGGCAGUUGGCCGGGAGAGGCACUCGUGUGACGCGCUGAAUCGCUGGCUGGGAGAACAGCUGAAGCAGCUGGUGCCUGCGAGUGGCCUCACAGUCAUGGAUCUGGAAGCCGAGGGCACGUGUGUGCGGUUCAGCCCUUUGAUGACGGCAGCAGUUUUAGGAACUCGGGGAGAGGAUGUGGAUCAGCUCGUAGCCUGCAUAGAAAGCAAACUGCCAGUGCUGAGCUCUACGCUCCAGUUGCGUGAAGAGUUCAAGCAGGAAGUGGAAGCAACGGCAGGUCUCCUAUAUGUUGAUGACCCUAACUGGCCUGGAAUAGGGGUUGUCAGGUAUGAACAUGCUAAUGAUGAUAAGAGCAGUUUGAAAUCAGAUCCCGAAGGGGAAAAAAUCCACGCUGGACUCCUGAAAAAGUUAAAUGAACUGGAAUCUGACCUAACAUUUAAAAUAGGUCCUGAGUAUAAGAGCAUGAAGAGCUGCCUUUAUGUCGGCAUGGCGAGCGAGGACAUGGAUGUGGCUGAGCUCGUGGAGACCAUUGCGGCCACAGCCCGGGAGAUAGAGGAGAACUCCAGGCUUCUGGAAAACAUGACAGAGGUGGUUCGGAAAGGCAUUCAGGAAGCUCAGGUUGAGCUGCAGAAGGCAAAUGAAGAACGGCUUCUGGAAGAGGGGGUGUUGCGGCAGAUCCCUGUAGUGGGCUCCGUGCUGAAUUGGUUUUCUCCGGUCCAGGCUUUACAGAAGGGAAGAACUUUUAACUUGACAGCAGGCUCUCUGGAGUCCACGGAACCCAUAUACGUCUACAAAGCACAAGGUGCAGGAGUCACGCCGCCUCCCACGCCCUCGGGCAGCCGCACCAAGCAGAGGCUUCCAGGCCAGAAGCCUUUUAAGAGGUCCCUGCGAGGUUCAGAUGCUUUGAGUGAGACCAGCUCAGUCAGCCACAUUGAAGACUUAGAGAAGGUGGAGCGCCUGUCCGUUGGGCCGGAGCAGAUCACCCUGGAGGCCAGCAGCACUGAGGGACACCCAGGGGCUCCCAGCCCUCAGCACGCUGACCAGACCGAGGCCUUCCAGAAGGGGGCCCCGCACCCAGAAGAUGACCACCCACAGAUGGGGAAACCAGGGUCCAGAGAUUUAAGACUUACCCAGCCUGUAAACUCUCACCUCUAGUAUUUGCUUGUCAUCUUGCUGCAACCAGAAAUCCACAUGUGGAAAUGGCGUCCAGGAGUACGGUCCUAUACGAAGUUGUUCUGUCUCUGCGUCGUAAAUGCUAAUC